UCGAUUUGGAGAUUAACCAGAGAAGACAACAUGGCCGAUCGCAAACGAGUUUCUCUUGACUGUCGUGUUUUUAAUUGUUAAUCCAUGUGCAUAUGAUCACUUGCUCUGUUUUGAAAAACAACAAUGAAUCGGCAUCAAGUUUUGACUGGGUCGUGUAACCCUGGAGAUAAUUGCUAUGCUGUUGGAAGCGUGGAAGGUGUUCAUUUUACUGCGUAUGCAGCAGGGUGCAAUAUUGUCAUUUUAGCUGGCAACUUUGAACGGGUGCAGAUCAUUCCAGGAGUUGCUCAUGGAAAUAUCAAAGUCACUUGCAUUGAUUGCUCAACAGACACAGGAAAGAUUGCUGCUAGCUAUGGGAAAAAAGUAUAUAUUUUUGAACCCACACCACUUGUCAGUGAGAGUUCACAUAAAGAGAAACCAGAUUGCUGUAAGCGAUGUAUAUCAGGACAGGUAAUGGCCUGUGAGAGGUUAGACUAUAGGUGGUACAAGACAGCAGAAAUUGAGACAGAAUGUUACAUCAACAAUCUCAGCUGGAACAUGGAAGGCUCCAAACUGCUGACUGGUGGGGAGCUGAUACAAAUCUGGCAGCUAACACCAGACAAAGGCGGGCAGGGAGACACAGAAACAGAGGAACCUGGGACCAAACGAGUUCACUUCAGCCUGGGGGACUCCAGCAUUGCUGGGAGUGGAGACCCAGAGGAAGAUGCCUUCACUCAACGCCUCUCCCAUGUUCUGGACCCUGCACAUCAUGGUCUUGUGCAUGACCCUGGCACGUGGCAGUGCGUUUGGAAAUGCAGGCCCGCAACACCUGUGUAUCAUCUACAGUUUUCUCCAGAUGGCUUUUUGUUUGCAUCAGCUGGAAAGGCCGAUCGACUUGUGAAAAUUUGGUACGAAGACCAAAAAGUUCAGAGAGGGCUGUCUCGUUCAGAUAGCAUCAGCCCAAAAAGAGAUACACUACAUUAUUCCUUCGUCUACAUCUCACAUCCACGGGCAGUGACAGGCUUUACGUGGAGGAGAACCAGCAAGUACAUGCCACGGGGUGCUGUGGCAAAUAUGCUGGUGACAUCCUGCCUAGACAACGUAUGUCGGAUCUGGGUAGAGACUAUUCUUCCGGAUGAUGGGUUGGUUGAUCUGGAACAGGUUGAGCCAUCCCUGUCUCACGACAUCAAGCACCAUGCUCAUCGGCACAAGAAGCGCUUCCUGCAACGCUUGCGGACCAUUAGAGGUCAAGGUUUCCCUGAUCCUGCUUAUGCUAUGGCUGCAAAGUAUGAGUCUCUAAGACAUGCUAUUCACAAACGCAGAAAGCACAAAUAUGGUCCUGAGACAGUGAUGAGCACAAAUGCCCUGAACUCCAUGGGUAGUGUGCAUGAUUUUCACCGCUUUGCCAUUCACCAUAAUGGCGUCUCACCAGUUUUACAUUUUCACCUAGCUGGUAGCAUUAACCCUUACACAGACAUUCCAUUGUCACCUGUAAGUGGUAACCAGUACAGUCAGCACAACUUCCGCCUGCACUGGCUGGACAACAAGGAGCUACAGUUCACCAUGGAGGCAGAGAGACUUUUGCAGGAGCUCCACACAAAGCUAGUGCACGAGGAUACAGAACAAGGGGCUGGUGCUCACCUGGGGGGAGAUGAAACUGGUGACAGUGAUGAGCAUGAUGAUGAUGGGGAUGGUGAACAUGAGCAGCAUUUUGCUAGCUUUGGCCAGGAGACAUAUGACAAAGAUGAUGAUGUGGCAAAGAAAAGAAAACACAAGCUCUUCAAAAGGAAGAAGUUGUCCAAAGGGGAAUCAAAUAAGACAGUAGUACAAUCUGACAGCCAGACUAGUCUUUCAUCAGAACAUGAUUCUGAGGACAUGGAGAAAUCAGGAUCAAUCCUGGAACGUCUUGACCAUAACAUUGAGAUGCUGCUGAAAGAAUGGCAGUCUACAUCUGACAUGUUGUUUAGCAUUCAUCCUGUAGAUGGCAGCUUCUUAGUUUGGCUUGUUGAAUGGCUCGAUGAGGGAUUGCCUUUCACAUUUCGUCAAGCACAGAUAAGUUUCUCUUCAUGCUUGCCACAUGCCAUUCCUGUGCCUGAUGCAGCCACCAUGUCUUGUAACCUUCUUCUGUAUUGCAACUACAGUCGUAUGGACAUAAAAUCUGUCAUGCACAUUUCAGAGGUGGAGGAGGGUGGAGUCUCAGCAAGUAAUGCAGCAGGUGUCAGGAAUAAUCAUAUAGGAGCUAACAGCAUGGACAUGUUGAUACCAAAUGUACUUCUAGUCUCCAAGCAUAACAAUGGAACACUAAACCAGUGGCAGAUUAGUUUCACCGAGAGCUCAAUGUUUCAAACGGUGGUGAGCGUGGCUCAUGCUGCCCGUGUGUGUGGUCACCGGUUCCGCACCAAUGCAGCAGCCUGCCAUCCAGUCCUGCCGCUGCUGCUUACCACAUCUCACCACAACCUUCCAGACCCUGACACUACGCCAGAGAGAGAAACAUCCCCAGAAGAAGAGGAUGGAGAUGCCAGCAAAUCUCUUGGUGCUGGUGUCUUUGCAUUUUGUAGUGAACUGAUCCUGUGGCAGGUCAAUUCUGUUGGGCCUCUUUCCAAGUCUGGAGGACUGAUGGAACUAGCAAGAAUUAAUUCUCCAUCUACCACUGCAUUUACCAGCAUGGCUUGGGUUCCCACCCUUUUGCCUAGCACGACACUGGGUUCCUGCAGCAACUCACCUAGUGCUCUGUUUGUGGCAUCUGAUGGUGCCAGUCUUCGCCUGUAUCAGGCUGUUAUAGAUGCACGUGCACUUCUCACAGAAUCAAAGCCAGCUCCCAAUGAGCAAACAUUCAGCUUCUCUAGCGCCAGCUCCAGCUACUGUCCUGACCCUGGCAGCCCACCCCAGCCUCUCAGCCAGAUCUUCCAUGUGGCCAGCCUCCAGUCAUCUGCUCGUCCAGGUUGCAUCAUUGAACUGGACACCAUCAAUGAUGCCACAGCCGACUGGCAGAACAUUCAGCUGUUGCAUGUGUUCCAAGAGGCACUAGUUACAGGGCAGCAACACCAGUCUUCAUCAUCCACUGCCUUUAGACCAGAAAGUGCUAAUGUUGGAGAUACCAUGGGGGCAUAUGUGGACCUCUCAAGGUCAGGCAGCUUUCUGGAGAACUUCUACCUGGUUGUGCUGGAACGCCUGAGCACAGUGAUAGGGGACGAAGGAUCUCGUGUUCACAUGUGGCAAAUUACGAUAUCUUCUCAACCCAAUGCUCCAUACCAUGAUGGAAACAGAGAGAAAGAUUAUGGCUCCAUGGAUGAUGGUAACUCUGAUGAGGAGGAAGCCCUGUACUAUCAUGACUCACAAGGCAAACAGGAAACCAGUGCCCCUGUUAUGAAAAUGUCUAUCACCACAUGCAAGGUGUGUACCCAGACUCUGUUUUUACCGACUGGUGUGCACGUUAUUUCUGCAAAUGUUGCGGCAGGUCAUCUUAGCUCUGCCUCCAUCUAUCCAGCAUGCUUUGCACCAUACCUUUUAACAACAGCUUGCAGCGAUGGACAGCUCCGGUUCUGGAAAUGCACUGUUAGCGAAAUGGCACCAUCUGUUUGUCGGGAAAACUCCCUCAAUGUCACAAACUAUGAGUUCUCUUCAGGGCUGUCAGGCUUAACAAAGCGCAUGUCCACCACCAGUAUACAGCAGUGGCAGCCACAGAAGCAGGAUUAUGAGUGGGAAGAAUGGCAGAUGAUCUGCUCCAAGCGCCAGUCAAGCUCUAUCAUUAUACCCGGAAAACCUAUCACAGUGAGCUGUGCCUACAGUGGACGUAUUGCAGUUGCAUAUCGCUAUGGUGACAUUCGAGCACAACCAAACCAUCCCGAAGAAAAGUUCAUCAACCUUUAUGUGGCUAUAUUUGAGUGUGAAUCAACAGGUGGAUCAGAGUGGGUUUUGGAAGACACUAUUGAGCUGAAGGACAUAAAAAUCCCUGAUCCCCAGGUGGAGAUUGAGCUGAGUCAGGUGAUGCUCACCCAGCAGAUCUUUCCUCCAGGUCUCUCACUCCACAACACCCCUUUUUCUGACAUCCCAGGCCUCACACCUACCCUUUCGUCUGCUCCCAUGGUCUCAAUGCCACGAACAAAAUCCGUUCCGAGCCUCAGCACCAUCCAGUCUGUUCGCAAGUCCAUUGCUGAACAGGGUAACAAAUUGGGCCUUCUGAAACAGAAAUGCUUGGUACAGCUGGACUGGGUAGCCACAGAGGAUGGCUCUCACAUCCUCACUGUGGGUGUCGGCACCAAAAUCUUCACCUACACCCAGGUUUCUGAUGAGGUUGCCCAAGCAUCUAUAAAAGCUAAUGCAGCAAUGGCCAAAGGAGUACGUGAGAACACUCCAACAGAUAUAUUUCAUCGUCCUCUUGGAUUGAUACAGAAGUCAAAAUCCUUGGUCAUUGAAGAUUACCAAGAAGAGAUCAGAUGGAUGCGACUUCGUGUUAUCGAGCUAGAAACAGCUGAUGGGCUACCUCCACUGCCUAUGCACAUGUCCUGGGUACGAACAGGCAUUCUGGUGGUGGGAAUGGAUAAUGAGAUUCAUGUGUACACUCAGUGGCGAGGCAGUAGCUAUGGAAGCUCAUCAGGCCCUGCUACUGCUGGCAGUAGUGAGCCCCAGAUGGGUGAAGAACUAACAGCUGAUAAAAGAACUUUAACAGAAGCCAACUUAGCAUCAAUGGCAUCCUCAGCAGGUAUAAGCAAAGGCUUUAAAUCUGUGACAAACUUCAAGUCCACGUUGUCAACUCCAAAUAUCAAACACGCACAAUCAUUGUCAUUACACAAACGAGACUCGACCAAAAGCCUGUCUCUGGUAAUGGAAAGGACUCGGGCCUGUCUAGAAGACAGUACAAAUAGCUUGUCUGUGAUGCAUGACUUUGGGUUAUUUGAAGCUGCUCGCUAUGCUAACCCAGUUUUACCACAAUACCAUCCCAAGAGCUUGACUGCCCUGCUCAACUUUGGUAAAAUUCGUCGGGUUAAGGCUAUUUUGGCUCAUCUCCUGCGAUGUAUAGGGGGCUUUGAAAACUUCCAGGAUGCCUUUGUGACUGACGGUGAUACUGAAGAUGGAGUGCAUCAUCAUGGCCGCACUUGGAGCAUCUCCUUGAAUACAAGUGGAGGUAACCCAGAAGAUGCUGCUGUGAUUCCUGAUGUGGAAGACUUCCCUGACUUCCUGGAGGUCAGCUCUAUACCUCCGCUCCCAAUCUAUGCACUCAUCUCUGCUGAUGCAGACAACACAGUCCUGAACACAGAGAUUGCUAAUGUGGCCGGCACUGCAGACCAAGGGCAUCCAGAGCAGGACUACACAGACUUGUUCAACACACAGAUUGUUGAUGAAACAGAAGAGCUAGACCUGUCUUCAUCAUUGGAGGACACCAAUAAGAAGCGCCGGCAUCAACUAGUCACCUUCUGGUCAGCAAACCCAUAUGCAUUCUUGCCUGCCCACUCAAAAUUACUAGGGCGACAGCUUAUGCGUAUAUCUCUGCCAGGCUUGUCCUCCUUAGACCAAAUGUACCUUGUGGCACUGGCUGAUACAGUGGCACAUACCAAGAUGGACUUUGCUGACCGGUUUCAGCAAGACGAUAUCAAGGAGGCCAAUGGAUCACUUGCAAAUGACAGUCAGGUCAACAUAAGCCAAGCAACUGAGUCCAUGGAUGACUGUGGCCUGCGGUUUUUAUUGGCGGUGCGUCAGCACAUCUACCUCUUGAGCACCCUUCCUCCAACACAGCGAGCAAUUUUACAACAUCAGGGCCUGCAGUCGUACUUCUUGGUCUGGGCUUUCCAUUCAGAGGCAACAGAGGAGCUUCUGUCCAUGAUACCCUGCAUGCAAAAGGAAAAACCCACAUGGGAUGAGCUUCGGCAAUUUGGUGCUGGCUGGUGGGUCACCAACAUAACGGUACUGCGCACCAUGAUAGAACAAGUGGCCAAGGCAGCCUUCCAGGCAGAUAAAAAUCCUCUAGACUCUGCAUUGUUUUACCUUGCUAUGCGCAAGAAAAUGGUUCUUUGGGGGCUCUACAGGUCAGUGGAAAACCAGAGAAUGGCAGACUUCUUUAAGAAUGAUUUUGGCGAAGAUCGCUGGCGGAAAGCAGCUCUGAAGAAUGCAUUUGCUUUGCUGGGCAAACAGAUGUUCCGUGAAGCUGCUGCAUUUUUUCUUCUUGGAGAUUCCCUGAAGGAUGCAGUGGAGGUACUUUUGGACAAGACCAACGACCUCCAGCUAGCUCUGGUCAUAUGUCGUCUGUACAAUCCAGAAGAUGCAAUGCCACAGUCUGUGCGCAGGCUGCUUUAUGAAAAAUCCUGGGGCGAGAUGAAAAUGGGGAAAACUAUAGCACGCAAAGCUCACCCUGACCCCUUCCUAAGGUCAAUGUCAUUCUGGAUGUUGAAAGACUACCAGGCUGCUCUACAGACUUUGCUUGAGGUAGCUGACAAUACUGGACGCAAGACUACUAAUAACAUUGGUGAUCCAGACACUGCUUCCACCAAACCAAACAUCUUCAACUUCUACAACUACCUUCGGACGCAUCCAUUGUUGCUGAGACUUCAGCUGUCUGCAACUUCACUCAAGAAAAGACGUGCUAUUCUUACAGGUUUUACGCGAGCCAAUAGUGUGGCUGUAUCAGAUAAAAUCACCACCAUUGACCGGGUGACACCAACAGAGCGAAGGCUUUUUUUUGCCACAGCCCACACACAUUUCAAAAAUGGCUGUCCUUUCCUGGCUUUAGAGGUUCUUUCAAAGCUGCCACCAGUUGUGGAGGCUGACAUAGAGAAAGAGCAGGAGAUUGCAACACAGCGACGCAUGUCUCUCGUUCAGGGCAGUAUAAGCACUGGCACUUUGCAAGAAGAUGUUAUCGAAGAAUCAGAUGAGAGUUCUCUAGUAAGCAAGCCAUCAGACAAUGGCAUGAGUGGUCCUUUCAUCAAUGGUGAUGCUGACCAAUCAAACAAGUUUGACUGGAGCCAGCCCCUGACUGGGACCAAUUUCAGCAGCAAUACGGCUGACAGUUUUGAUUGGAGCACUCCUCUUACUAAUCGUGUUCGUUUUGAUGAUGAGAAUCAAGCUUAUGCUGAUAUACUAGCAGGAAAACACCCUGUGAAAAUUGAACUGACAGAAGCAGUUGAUGACUAUGAACAUGAUGACAAUAACACAGAAGAUGCUGAAUCAUCAGACCAGAAAAUAGACAUCAUGGCACAACAGUUCAAGUUUAUUGCUUGUCUCAAGGUGAUGAUGGAGGAGUUGAGCACACUGGCAACAGGCUUUGAAGUGGAUGGUGGUCAACUGCGUUACCAGCUGUACGUGUGGCUAGAGAAAGAAGUAGAGGUACUCAAGGUCCUCUGUAACUAUGGGCAGACGAAGAAAUGGUGCCAGGCAUUCCUGACGUGGUUGAGCUCCUGUUUUAGUCCCUUGAUUCUUGAAUGCCUGGAUUCUCCUCUUCAUGUUGGCAAGCUGAUUCCACGUUUCACUUCCAUAAUGAAGAAUCUGUACUAUGAGGACUUGUACAACUACUUUGUAGUAAACCUGAGGUUAGGGUUGUGUCAGGCUCUGUCCAACGUAGCUAUUGCCGCUGUUGCUUUUGCAACCCUGAUGCAGAUAUGUUGUGGAGUUGCCAUCCUUGUAGAUGGUGGCUCCCAAGCACUUAAGCCAGGCCCUGUUCAUAUGUACUCAGCUGUGCUCUUGGCUGGUCUGAAGCUAACCUGUUCUUCUGUUAGCUGUUCCUCAACAUUAGAGCUGGUACUGUGUCAAAAAGAAAAAAGACCAAAUUUAGAUACCAGUCAGGAUUCUGAUGACUUUGAAACACUGGGUGGAAGACAGCGCAACUUGUCAUUUCGGUCAGACACAUCAAGAGCAUCACUACAUGAAGUAAUUCUGGCAGACAAACAAGAUCUGGAAUCUAAAGAGCGCCGACUUGCAAAACGCAAAAGUUGGCUAAAGCAGAAUCAACAUCUUCUGCGAACAUUGAUCUCAUACAGCAUAUUACAGGGUUCCAGUGGUGGCGGCCUCGCCUCAGUCCGUAUGGAACUUCUGCUUCUGCUUCAAGAACUUCAGCAGGAGCGACCUCAACAACAGCUUUUGUCUCCAUUACCUUUCCCCACUACACUGCCUCUGCUGUCUGCCAGCUUGGCUAGCUCUCGCACUGUCAUUGCUGAUCCUAUCCAGCACCUUCAGGGUCUGACACAAGAUUUGCUCCAUUCAUUAAUAGAAAUGACCAUACCUCCAGGUGUGACAUCCAGCAUGGCACAGGUUGUCACUAUGAGGAACUUGUCUGUAUCGCUGUCGUCCUGCAUUUACCAAUGUCUGUGUGACAGUGACAGUUUCUAUGUCAACAUGGCUCGAACCAAUGAUCCUGGCCUGGAAGGUUUCACCAACCCUGCUCUAAUGAUGGCAAGCAGCAGUCUCAUGGCAGGCAUCAUGAAAACUAGACACCGCACAGACAGUUCUAACACUGAUGAGGUUAUCAACACUCACCCUGCCAAAUGGCCAGGUGUCACCUCGCUGCAUGUGUUGCUCAUGAGGGAGAAGGAUGAGGAUGCACCCAAGCUUCACGUGAUGCUGUGUGAAGCAUUGCUGGCUGUGUACGUCACUCUCCUUGUUACAGGGCUUGCGACCUAUGACCCACAGAUUCUCUACCGUCUGCUGGCUAACAAGCUGGACCAGCAGUCUUGGGGCGCUCUCUUUGGUGGUGGUGUGAAGACAGUUCUCAAAGUGGAAAAGAACAUUCCCAAGGUUAGUGGUGACAGGAUAUCCCAGCAGCGCCUGAAGUUCAACAUGCGUGUCAUGGCUCCAAUGAAAGAAACUUACAAGGAGAGGUUUGUGGCCCCGGAACUGAGCAUGAUCAGCUACUUCAUGACCAAGCCCUUUAUUUCCUCAAAUGAGUCCAUCAUCAGUUAUGACUCAGAUGACUCGGUGAUAUCUGAUGCUGGUGAUGGACAGUCAGUUGCUUCUGAUGAAGAGGAAGAGGAGGAGGAAGAGGAGACUGAACGACCAAAGUCACUAUUACUGUCAGGACAGAAGGAACACAGUGAUCCAUCUUCGUACAGCUGGUGUUUGAUGCGCUUUGCCAUACUCAGAGCCGUUCUUAGCAACUUACGUACAUUCCUUCCUCAGGUUGGCAUUGAAAUCACAGAGCUGCCCAUUGUUUCUCCAAUGCUUCAUGCUUUGGUGCGUCAGCUAGAGCGGUGGGAAGCCAUUCUGCAGAGUCGACUUGACAUGUUUUCUGGUGCCCCAGACAACUACAUCGCUGGUCUUACGUUGGACACCAUCUCUGGCAUGCCUGGAUCUAAGCUACAGGCCCUUUUUAAUCCAAACAAUACUCCCUUUAUCAAAUCAAGAGCCACACUCCCAAUUAAAAGGUUGUGGUUCCAGCUUUUACGACAAGAGAACUUGCAGGAAAUAUUCUUGCGCUAUGUAUUCCGACGUUCCCACAAAAACCAGGUUGAUGAGAAUGACUCGAUGAAGACGAGUAGUAGUGAAGAAGGGCGACUGUUGGAUCCCAUGAAAGUUGUCCAUAAAGAACAAGACAUCAUCACAUCUUUUGCAAUAAACCAGGACAAUGGGUCCAUUCUGGCAUUGGCCACACAGAAGGAGCUAGUAGAAUUGGAUAUAGGACUUCUUCUUCGUCCACCAGCUUGGCUGUCGGAUGACAAUGAGUUCGACAUUGAGACACUAAGAAAAAGUGAGAGAGAAGCAGUAAAAGAGGAAUCUUCGAGCCAGCAGGAAAUCUUCGAGCCAGAGGAAAAAUGGCUUGUGGUAGAUGUCAAGUCUCGCAGGCUUAAUAGCAACUGGAUGUGCACCGAAGAGGUCAAAGUUGCACCCUUCAGAAGCUUAAGGGAAUGCAGCACUUUAAGCAAAGCUCCCCAUGUGAGCCGUUUUGUAACACAACGCAAAACUAGUGUGGCCUGCUUGUGUGGCCACAAUGUGAUUGUCACGCGUCCAAAGGCCAGCAUUCCAGAAUCAGCACCUGAAUUUCUUGUGAUCCACACUCCACAAGAUACACUACAACCUCACAGUGGAUCGCAGACUCCAAGUACGCCAUAUGCACCAUCACCAUUAGGAUCUAGUCAAAACUUACAGACAGGGCGCGGUGCUAGCAUGCCACCCAAACUGCCUUCUAAAAUGGUGAGAUUUUCUAAUGUAGCCUUUUUCCAUCCUCCAUUAUUUGUUUUUUCCCCUCACCAGCUGUCUCAACUAUUCGGAGUAUUUCAGGACUAUAAAUAUGUUGCCCACACAUAUACAAAACUCGUUAGCGUGCACACACACAAAGGUAUAUCUAUAAAACACAGGGAUACACAACUCACACAGCUCUCUGCAACUUUUAUUUUGAUGCUGAGCUGCAUUCAGUCAUUUCACACAAUGCUGACAGUCUUCACUCCAUUGAUGACAAGACUCCAUUCUGUCUUUUUUCUUUCUCACUGCGGCUUUGCUAAUGGACACAUGCAGGUGAAAAGCUUGAGUAACCUAGGGGUUCAUAACCCAGUGUUCUCACACUGCAUCCUAGAUCGCAGUCGCCGCCUCAUUAAUGUGAUCCUUCGUCGAGUGGUUAGUGGUGUACGGCGCAUUGGUUCACAUCCCACUUUAUCAUACUAUCUGACUGGCAGUGCUGACGGCUGUGUGAGGCUGUGGGAGUGGGGGCAUGGUCAGCCUGUGGCCACCCUCCGACAACCGGGUACUUUUCCAAAGGUUACAAAAGUACUUUUCAAUGCUCAAGGCAAUAAGUGUUGUAUAAGUGACAUUGAGGGCGCUAUUGGUCUUUGGCAAAUUGGGCUGGGCAGCAACUUCAAUAAACCUAUCAUGAGUCUGCCCUGUCACAACAAGACCACCAGCGACUUUGCAUUCUUAGGCUGCUCAAGUCUCAUUGCCACAGCUGGCCACUCCUCUGAGAGUAAGAAUGUUUGCCUAUGGGACACCUUGCUGCCACCUCGCAGCUGCCUUGUUCAUGCAUUCACCUGCCAUGAGCAUGGAAGCCCAGCAGUAGUGUAUGCCCCACAGCGCCAGCUAUUGAUCAGCGGAGGUCGCAAGGGUGAGAUCUGCAUUUUUGACAUGAGGCAGAGACAGCUUCGCCACACAUUCCAGGCACACGAGUCAGCCAUUAAGUGUCUGACCCUGGACAGCCAGGAGGAGUAUUUUGUCACUGGCUCUGCUGAGGGAGACAUCAAGGUUUGGGGGCUGGACGUACACCAACUUAUCUUCUCCUUCCCAGGCGAGCAUAGCAAAAACACUUUUUUCCGCACUGUGGGCUCUACAUCAGGUGUCACACAGGUGGCAGUUGGACCAGCAAACCAUCUCUUCUCUUGUGGUGUGGAUGGAUCCAUAAAGUUCAGGCAGUUACCAGAGAAAGAGGUUGUUGUCCACCACUGGGUUUGAGUAAAUCUUCACCAGAGUUCAAGCAUGGUGUCAGAAGUCAGAGGUGUAAAAGCGUGUGUAUAAAAGAAGGUGACAUUACUGGGCUUUUUGUCAAGAGAAUUCACUGAACAUGCUGAAGCUGUGAACCUCAAUGUCUUUUGUGGCAACACUAAACAGGUGUGAUUCUUGUUUUCUGUUGGUUUUUGAAAAGACCUGUGGGUAGAACAGCAUGCACUGAGAAAACAUAUGUUUGCACAUGACGCAAACUGUUAGUGGUACCACACUGGGAUCUUAAAUACUUGGUGAGAGGUGAGUUAGGGUGGGUACUAAUUGCAGGUAAAAAUAGUGACAGUUUAUUGUACAGCAGGAGUUCCUUAAUAUCUGCUGACACUGUUAACAGUUAAGAAACUGCAUUUCUCUGAGUGUUGUACUUGCCGUUGUAAGUGACUGUCUUCAUGCAUGUGUGUGCAUGUGUGAGUGUGUACAUACAUGUAGUUGCACAGAUAUAUGCAUCCUCUCUUCUCUUCCAUCACCAGAUUUUAAUUGUAUAAUAUGAGCAGAUAGAUAAAAAAGAUAACAGCUUAAACAUUACCUAGUAUAUGUGUGUGAAACACUUUAAACUAACAACAAUAACUUGAUAUUAUUUGAUUUAUAUAAAAGCGUGUCACAUCUCUUGUGCUGUUCUCAGGAGGCUUACAAAUGGCAACUCUGAGAGAUAGUAUCAAGUAUUGAAGGCAUAGGCAAGAAAAAUUGAAUGCGGAAGAAUUUGAAAGAGGUGUAGUAGUUACAAAUGUAAAUGUAGUCAUGCUUAGUUCAUUUUGUUUGUGUUUUUUAAUCAACUUUUGCUUUUUGUAUGUACUAGUCAUGGUUAUAGCUCACAUGCUCAAGCAGAUAAGUGUGUGUGUGUGAGAGUGUGUGAAAGUGCGAGAGCACACAUAAGAGAGAAGAGUGUAAAACACAGUAUGUCAGUAUGCUGCAUAUAACACUGCUGCACAAAUUGAGCUUCCUGUAUCCUUUAACUUCAUCUCUGUAAUAAGGGGAAAUUUUGUUAAUUAUAUUUGGCAUUUUGUGAUGUGAAAAAUUAAACAGCUUUGUUUACCCUGGUGGAUAGUAACUGAUGCAGAAAAAAAUGUGAUGAAAUAGGAACCCUGUACAGUGAUUUUUUUUCAGGUAAAAUAGAUCAUUACUUCCUUCUGUAUACUUGUCUUCUCAUCUCUGCUUUUGUGUACAUACAUAUAUUUUCAUUUAUGCACAUGUGUAUACGUGUGUGUGUGUUCUGAUGUGUUGUCAUCAGAACUAGCAGUUGUUGAUGUAAGAUUAAGUUUAACCAACUUCCAUUUUCUCCUGUGCAUUUUGCUCUGUCAGUUGUGUGCAAACAAGAUUUCUAGUGCUGAUGACAUCAACAGAGUUUAAACAUUUAUUGUAAUUUUCUGUCAAUUUCCAGUACAGUGCAAUUAUUGUCUCUCAAGAUGUCAGUCAGUUUAAAUAGAAGCACAUUAAAAACUAAUAAUUCUGUUUGGUUGCCUGUAAUACCUUGUUUUUAAGAAGAAUGGUUGGUGUCACGAUUUGAUAGGCAGGAUACAUGUAAACACAUUUAUUUUAAAUCAGCAUCAUACUUCUGUCUGUCUGAUUUAUAAAAAAUAUUACUCAGCUAGAAUGUAUAUUUUUAGCCUUCUCUGCAGAUGUCCUGGAAGAUUAUAUUGUAGUCAUGAUGUAUUAAACAGUUUGCUUUUUUUUUUUUUUUUUUUUUUUUUUUUUUCGCUGUUUUAUCAUUACUUUCUGCUGAGGUCAUGGUAUUUGAGGAUGAAAACUUUUACGUGUACACUGUGUUGCUAAUGAAUUUUGUUUCCAAAGCCUUUCAGAUCAAAAGGGUCAGAAAUAAAAUAAAUGUAAAUGAAAGAAUGAAUGUUUCUGUGUAAGAGCAGCCCUAUCUUUAAUCCUGACCUUGCCUUGGCUAUCAAAACAUGAUACUGGUUCUCUGUGUUUCAGAAUGAUAGAGCAGUUCAAAUAAUGAGUAGAAAAUUUCAUGCCCACAUUUAAAGUUGAAGGUCCUUUCAGAUUAGGAACCAAGUAAAAAGCAUAUGUUUCAUUUAUAAUUUAUAACCCUUCCAAUUAUUAUAUUAUUGUCAGCUGCCAUACCUGUAAAAUGUGUCCUUGAGAAAUCUAAGUGAUUAGGUGAUCUGAACAUUUCUUCGUAUGAUUUUAUGAAAACAUCUGCUUUAUUGUUGUCUGCCUUCUACACAUGGUUGUGAGAUUGUAAACAGCAGAGAAGCUGGUUGUAGAGAAACAUUUGGACCGGUUGUGGAGAAACAGUUGGACUUACUGUAAAAAGGUAGUUGGACUGACUAUAGUGACAGCCUGGCUGUGAAGAAAUAGCACAAAAUACACUUCUUUGCCCAGAUGCCAUUCCCUGUAGUGUUUCAAUAUUUGACAAUGCAUUGUGAUCAUUCUCAGAGGCAUUGCACUCCUCCUACUUGAACAAAAACAGACUUACCAUAAGGAGUGCCAGUGAUCUUGAACAAGAACAGACAAUAAGGAAUAACAGUGAUCUUGCAUAAUGUAGCAGGCAUGUGCUGUGACAAAAGGAAGAAAAACAACUGGGCUUAAAACUUGUUCUCGUGACUGGAGUCAUCCAAUUGUUGUGUGGGCUCAUCCCACAGCCGUGUUGUUGAGCAUAAGAACAUUUCAUGGAGAAAUUUGUUGCAGUAGUCUUAUGGGCAAAAGCAGUGAUAUUGCGUAUUUGUGCAGGCCUCAGUCCUAGCCUUCAGCAUGGGUCAUGCCGCUGGUCUUAAAAAGCAGGUAGCAGCUGCAUCCUGAUGUGUCAGGAGAGGGCUCGUGCACCAGUUUUUGACCACUGCUGGCGAGGAAAGCUGCUUGUGUGGAGCAAACCACACUCACACUGGCUGCAAAAAGUGAAGUUCACAACUUUGAUUGUGAUGGAUAAAUGUCCAGAAAAAAGAAAAUGAGAGCAGUUAAUGAUCAUCUCUUUCUUAUGAAGAAAACUGCUGUCUGCUAGAUACAAAGAUAUCAUAGAAAAGUCAGUCUGACUGCGUAGCAGCAUUGGGCAAAUGCUUUUGCUGCCGGUGAAUAAAUCCUUAUAAAUAAAAACAGACUGCCUCCGAGUUCAGAGCUUAUGCAAAUCCAGUGGAAUGAGCCUGGUGAUUUUGCAGGUCUGUGGACAAAGGGCUUUCAGCAAUGUCUGAUCCAUUCAUGAAAAUCUAUGGAAGUGAUGUGAGAGGAUAACAUCAUGGGUUAUAGCAACAAAGUUGUUUCUCCUUAAUGGUUUUGCUGACUGUGAUUUGCGAUAUGUAAGAAAUAAGCUGAUGACUGUUUGGUAUUCAUUUCUAUGAUUGUCUUUGCAGUUUUCGGUGGUCAGUUUGUGACUUAAUUGUUGUUCGCUUGUUUGAGCACAUGCUUGUGCUCCUACUAAUAUUCACAGAUGCUAUUGUUCUUGUUCCAUCAUGGAUUUGUUGAAGUCGCUAUUUACUUGCUUCUUCUAGCAACAUUCCAGUGUGUUAGGAUGUGCAAUAGGUGUAUUUGUAACUUUGAUAAUAGUAUUUGUUUGAAAGUUUAUGCAGAUUUGAUGAAAAACAUAAUAGUGUGAGAGAGAAAAAUUUUUAAAGUUUCUUUUUUCACUGAGCAUCUCAAUUUACUGAUGAUGGGCAGGAAAAGACAACCACAGUGCGUGAGUGCCCUCAUUUGCUCUUACAUAAAAACAAAUAAGAUUUCUGCUUGUGAUGAUUACUAUAACAUUUUUAAUAGUACAGUUAAAAUUAUUUUGUGGAGAUUAAUUGCAAAUCCAUUUAAAUAAGUUCGUGUGUCUAUAGAUGUCACAGUGUUGUUUAUUCAUAUAAUCAGCAUUUAUCAUGGCUUGCCUUAUGGCAGAAGCUUAAAGUGUGUUUGUCCAUUAGGACAUCUGACAUAAUUGUGCAAUUUUCUAGAAAGAAAUAUGAGCAAGGACAGCCACUUUUUACUGGAAAACAGCAGUUUGCCUCAUCUGCUUUUAUGUUCAGACAGAAUUUAUUAAAUGUUUUUUUUUUAAAUCAGAUUUUAAUUCUGUGCUCAUUUGCUAAGAAAAUGCACAAAGCAUGAUAUUUUUAAUGUUAGCUCAUAUAAAAUUAGAUUAUGUUGUUCCUUCAAUAAACAACUGCUGUAGCUGUUACAAAAACAGACUUAUUUAUGCAUACUGGUACUGCACCUUAGAACUGGUAUGUAUUGUUAGUCUGUGGAAAAUGUUUCACCUACUAUUACUAGACCAUAGUACUUUGCCAUCUUCUAUUUUUUAAGGGAUUCUUGAUGAUACUUUACAGUGUAAAACUUAUCUUCUUUACAUAGUUUAGACUCUGGCCUGCCAUACAAUAACCCAAUAACCAUGAGGUCCACUAUCUCUUAAUGAUCGUACAUACAUAGCUUGUUUGUAACUUAUCUUUUGGUAUUAUUUCAACCAUAGGAUGUGCAGCAUUGUGGACUGUACGUGAAGCAUAUUUAAACUUGAUGUACAGAAAAAAUAUUUAUAUGAAUCAUUUCUUCUACCUCUUAAGGUAAGUUUUUAAGCAUAUUUAUUUGUACCAAAAUAUCAAGGUCUUCAAUGGUUUCACAUAGAUAAUUUUUCUUGUGGCUGUAUUAUUCAGUUCUGGAUUUUCUGCUUUCAACAUUUUCUGCUUUCAACAUCAAUAGAGCAAAAACUAGUUUGUGGCUAUAUGCAGCGAGUAUUACCACUGGCCAUGUAGAAAUAGCAGGCUGGUAACAUCCUGAUGAAUUGUGUAGGCAAAGGCCAUAAGCCAGGGAGAUACCAGCCAAGGACACUGUUCUCAAUCUUAGGUUCCUGGGUGAAAGGGUGGUAGCCACAAACCUUUAAAAGAAAAAGCCGUUUGCUCAGAGGUAGUUCUGUUUUUUUGCUGAACUCUGCUGAGAUGACAGUGACCUGUGUGCCUGCUGCCUCAGACGUUUUUUUGAAAGCACUUUCUGCUGAGGCCAUUGUUAUAAGCUGGGUGCUCUUUGUAUGAAUUAUUUUGCAUCUUUAUGUUCUUUGAAGCCAUUUUAACAGCAUAAUAUUUUGUAGAUAAAACAGUGACACCCUCAGUGGGUCAGAGUGAGAAGAGAUAAUGUGCUACUGGGUGUAGGAGAAAUGCCAGACAUGUCGCUGCUGCAGAUGACAGGUGAUCUCAUUUGGUUCCAGUUCAAAAGAUAAUGUUUCACUUUAAAGUCUAAGGUGUGAGACUUUCCAUCCAGGAGCUCGUGCCAUGUGUCAGAGCUCAUAUCAUGUGUCAGAGUUCUUUCAGAGGUCCGGCCAUCCACCAUCACCUCCUUCAGAGAUCCUGCCAUCCACUGUCAUCUCUUUUAGAGGUCGUGUCAUCCUCUGCAAUCUCUUUUGAAGUUUCAUCCAUUCUUCUUCAAGUCCCUUCAUCUACUAUCUCUGUUAGCCCUAUCCACAGUUGUGUCUCACAGAGGUCCUGACAUCAACGGUUUUCUUCAUCAGACACCUUGCCCAGUUCGCUCUAGAGUCUAGACUAUGUUUAAUAAUAAUAAACUUUUAUAACCCACUUUUCUUCACACAAAGGCGAGCUUAGUGCGAUAUGGUUGAGUCACAGCCCACAACAAACAAGUCAGAAAGAUGAGGGCAAACAACAAUACAUUAUGUGGCGAUGUUCUGAAUAAAUCUCAACUUCUUCUUGUUUUAACCCUAUUUUAUUGCCUCAAUCUUCUUCGCUAUAUUUCCGUUCCCCAUCCACCACCACCCUCUCUCUCCGUGUACCUCUUGAGCUUCUUAGCCCUAGUCCUCCAACUUCUCUCUCGCUGGGAGGCUGCUGUUUGUCUAGUUCAGGCUUCUCUGUAAGACAUAAAUGUGUGAUAAACCAACUUCUCAAUUGUGAUAUUUGAUUGUUUGCGAUGAAACGACUACGUGUCAACGGACAGUCGCCAGUCCUUCACCAGGAGUAAAUGGAGCUUAUAGGUAUUCGCAGACCGCGGGCUGUCACCGGCGUUACUUAAUUCAUCUUCGUGCAAAUGCACGUGCAUCAACAAAAAUAUUCACAUUUUAAGCUUGUUUGAAUGUUUCUGUGAACACAAUCGUGUUCUGAAGUUUAGGCUCCAAGUUUAUCGUCGUUGUGGAGCGGAAGCAUCUGUUUUUCGCAGACAUGUUACAUAUAUGCUGUACGUUACUGAUUCCUGUUACUCACCGGUAUUGUCAGUUCAACUCAGCCAUGUCUAUACCUGCUGUAUUGUGAACAUUUGCAAAGGAGUAAUUAAAUUUCGUCAGAAAUAA